AGGACAGCCUCUGCAGCAGUUUCCGGUCUUUUUGUUUGUUUGCUUUUUCACUUUUAUCGACAUAUUACAAUUAUUCUAUGUUUCUUAUUCUCCAUCAACAAAAUCAAAAAGCAAAACAAGAAAAAUAAAAAAUUUAAAGAAACCAACUUUUACUCUGUUCAUUAGCUAUUCUUUUGACUCCAUUCUACUUGUUCUUAUUCUAGCUAGAAGUAGGAAACAAUGUUCUUACACUUUGUGUUAAGUGUGUUUCCUAUGUGUAUAUGAAAUUACCACUUACUAUGUUUGUUAAUCCAAUGGUUUUAAGGUGACACUCGUUGGCAUUUUCUCCCUUUUUUUUUUUACCUCAAAGGAGUAGUAAAAAUUCAAUCUUUAUCAAAUAUAACAGUGUUAUUUUGGACAUGGCUCAACAGGGUUAAGGUGUGCGUACAUUCUAUCGUCCCUAGACUCCACUUGUGCGAUUCUGCUGGGUUUAUUGUCAUUUUUUGCUGUGUGCAUUGGGUAAACCCCUAUUGUGUAAUAGCCUCCAAACCACACAGGGAAUGUAAACCGCACUAGGAAAGCUAUGUGCGACAGACCAAUAAGGUCAUCUGUAUGGAUGACCGCCCUCAAAACCAACUGGACCAUCCGAAGGGACAAGGAAGAAGGGUGGCCAUUGGGAUUGCAGCCACUGAAUAUGAGAAUAGGUUUGGGUAGGAGCAGAGAUUUUUCUGCUGGUUCAACUUCAUUCAACACUUCACUCAGUGAGUCUCUUACUUCCUCCACAGAUUCUUCAUCAGAUUUGGACACUGAGUCUACAGGAUCUUUUUUUCAUGAUAGGAGCACCACACUUGGAAGUCUAAUUGGUGUCUCCAGUAUAGUUAAUAAUCUCUCAAGAAGAUCAACAAGGUCAAGAUCAAAUGGUGUAAUCACAAAUGUCCAAAAAAACUACAGAUCAAAAACAACAUGGUGUUUCUCUUUAUGUCCAAGAAACAACACAGAUGCUGAGAGUGUAAUGAUGAUAAGGAACAAUGACAGUAGUAAUACUCCAUCACUUGGUCAUUUUCUUGCUGUAGAAAGAAGAGCUAAUGCUAAUGGACAUAGAAGAAGUCAUAACCAUAGUCCUUUGUUAUAUGGACCUGAUGAAUUUGCUAUGGCAUUGCCUAAUAGAGAUCAGAAUUCAUUGUUUGCUAAUGGACAAAUUGCUCCUCCUCAGUUGAGUCCUUGGUCAGGAUCUGAUGUUGAAAAUAGACAGAGGGCUAACAGAGAAUUAGAGCAUGAUGUGCAUGGCCAAGGGCUAAAGCACGUAUCUCUGGAGUGCAGGAUAAUAUGGACUUUUUGUGAUUUACUUGAUCGUCAAGAAGAUUUAAUAGCGCUUCAGAUUGAUCUCGAGGGACUUCUCUUGAUCAGUCUUUUUUGUUUUCUUUAAUUCAGGGGACAAUGUUGAAGAAGCUUUUGUUAAGGAGCAUUUUCCUUCUUAGUGGUGCUAACCCACACAUAUUUAGAUUAGUCGAAUGCAAUGUACUUUAGAUACUGAAUUAUUAAAGAAACAAUGCGUGGCUAAACCUAAGAUACUGAAUGAUAUCUUAGGUUUGUGUCGUAAUAUAACUCUGUGUAUCCCCUGAUUCGUAUUUUUAAUUUGUUUUCGUUCUUCAAGGGCUAAAGCAUGCAUUUCUGAA